UCUCUCUCUGUGUUUACUUGCUGUGAAAGUGUAUUUAAAUGUGUAUAUGCAACACGGGAUGUAAAUAAACCAACUGUAUUGUUUAAUUCUCCAAAAAUUAACAUUUCCUACAUCUUUAUGUAAUUGAGUUAUUGAUAAUUUAAGAUAAACAUGUAGGGAAAAAAAAUUUAAAAAUCGGGAGGAAAGCAUUCUGUUGGUUAACCAGAGAGUAAAAGAGAUGAAAAAGUGUGUACAUCAUUUUAAUUCCUUAUGACUGUCAGUACAUUCAGGUGUUCCAAAUGAUGCUGCCACAGAUGACUGUUUUAAUUGUUGCUGUAGCAGUUUCCUGACUGUAGUGAAAAUCAGCAAAAGUGGAGCAGACCAGCAAAAACAAGGAGUUCGGCAUUGCCAAAGCUUUGUCUACCAUUUUCAAACUUAUGCAAACAGUUGUCAUGGAAACAGGAUAUGGACAGAUCAGCUCAGAAACAUCAAAUGUUCUGCAGCCUGACGAAUCACCGGAUUUACUGGACAAUGGCAAGCAUAAUGUAAAAACAGCCUCCAAUGAUUCUUUCUCGGAGUUUAUGACUCGUUGUGCACCCGCCCUUCCUAAUGGACCUACACUUAGCAGACGGGCAGAUCGGCAUUACUCGAAGCGCAUGCGACGUCGCCUUGUGUACAAAAAUGGUGAGGUGAACAUAACACAAACAAAUAUACGAAAACGUCGUCGACGAUUUCUCGCAGAUAUUUUUACAACUUUAGUUGAUAUCAAAUGGAGAUACAAUUUGCUCCUCUUUGCUUUGGCUUUUAUUUUGAGCUGGCUCAUAUUUGCAGUGAUUUGGUGGUUGAUCUGUUUUUCACAUGGAGACCUAGAACAAGAACAACUAAAAAACCCACAACAUGUACCCUGUGUGAAAGAAAUGCAUUCCUUCACAUCAGCAUUGCUGUUUUCGAUUGAGACACAACAUACUAUAGGAUAUGGUUCCAGACACACAACAGAGGAAUGUCCAGAGGCCAUUACUGUAAUGAUGAUUCAAUCAUGUUUUGGGGUCAUAUGCCAAGCUAUGAUGACUGGGAUUGUAUUUGCAAAGCUUUCUCGACCAAAAAAGAGAGCAGAAACAUUAAUGUUUAGCAAAAAUGCAUGCAUUUGCAAACAAGAUGGAGAAUUGUGUUUGCUUGUAAGAGUGGGUGAUAUGCGAAAAUCUCACAUUGUGGAAGCUCAUGUCAGAGCUGUAGUGAUCAAAAAGAAAAUAACUAAGGAAGGAGAGGUCUUGCCUCUCUUUCAGUUUGAUGUUAACUUAGGUUUUGAGGAUGGCAGUGAUCGGCUUUUUUUAGUAUGGCCAGUGAUCAUUAGUCACAGGAUCAAUGAAAAUAGUCCAUUUUGGGAAAUGUCUCCCGAGGAUCUGCAUCGAGAACAGUUUGAGUUGAUUAUCAUUCUUGAGGGCAUUGUUGAAUCUACUGGAAUGACCACCCAAGCUAGAAGUUCAUACCUCCCUGGAGAAAUCCUUUGGGGACACAGGUUUGAACGAUUGGUUACAUUUCAAAAAGAGAACGGACAGUAUCAAAUUGACUUCUCUCGUUUUCACAACACAAUGCCUGUGGACACACCCCAGAUCAGUGCUAAAGAGUUGGCAGAAAUGGGGGAUAUUUUGCAGGAUCAUGCAUACAUUGAUGAAGUUGAAAAUAUGUCCCUUUGCUCACAAAAGCAAGAUGUGUUUCCAAGCCCUUAUGUGAUAAAAAGGCAUGGAGCUGUUCAAACUGACUUUGACGAUGACUUAGAUUCAAAUGAUUCAAUUCCAAGUCGCAUUGCUACGGAGGAAUCAGAUAUGCUUUUACAGCUUAAACAUUUGUGAAUCCCAGGAAUUUCCUUGUCACCCUUAAUAUUGUUAAUACACAUAAGUAAAGAAUAUAAGAUGUAAGAAUUGUGCCCUACAUGCUUCCCAGUUUUAUAGAAAAGUUGUGUACAUGAACUAUUUCACAAGGUUUUCAGUUUACCGUGACAGUAUAUGGUAGAAUCUUUUAAGAAAUUUUUUUUAGCUUUUCUGAUCAAAGGCUGACCAGCUUUUGCACCAAUGUCUAUGUAUGUCAAGUGUAAAUUUUCACAUUUUCUUUGUCUUCCCCAGAAUAUGUAGUCAUUUUAUGCCAAACUUGCAACAGAACAUCUACAACAGCAUUUUCACGAAAUGUAUAUUAGUUCUUAGGUCUGGGACCAUUUUGUUAAAACAAAAUGCUUCUUUUACAUUUGAAUAUAGAGAAUUCUCACUAGGAACAGUUGUACCAUGGACCAUGGUUAGUCAAAUCAAUAUGAAAGCAAUUUGAUGAAAUGUAGAUUGGCUCUUGAUGCUGGGGGGCAGGGCUUUAAUAGGGGUUAGUGAUUUUGCAAUGGCAUAUAUACAUGUAAUAACAAUCUUUAAAAUCCUCCAUUGAAGCAGGACCUCAAUCAUCACAUUAAGGUGAUAGUUUAAAUUUAAAUUUAUUCAAAUUAAGGUCCUUGGGCUAGGAUAGGGCCACUAAGUCAAAAUACUUAGAAACAUACGUACAUGUUAAAGUCUUACCCCAAAACAAAAUGACAAAUUUAAGUGAUUUGCAGUCAUCCCCAUCUGACGUUGAAUCAAACUGGUCAAAUCAUAGCUCACUGGGACUAGUAUGGGGCACAAUAGUGUCAAAACUUAUGCAAAUGAAUAUGCAGUAACAAUUUUCUUCCUCUCAAAAAAUGAAAGGAUUCAAUUAGUCAAAAUUUGCAAGCAUCCCAGUGUAAUGUAGAUUAUUGCUUCAGUUACUUGGGUGGGGCAGCUGUGGCCACAGCAGGGGGUCAAAGUUAUACUUUGGAAUUUAUUGGAAUAAACUUAAAAAAUCUCACAAACAGCAGGACUGCAAAUAAUGAAAUUGAUAUGCAAGUACCCACAUCAUGGUCAUGUAACAGAGAUUCAAGGCUGCAGAGGGAUCAGAGUUUUACAGAAACAUGCAUUUUGAAAUGUGUUGUAAAAUCUGCUCAUCAAUAUAGCUUUAUCAAAUUUAUAUGUAUAUUAAGCAUAUCCCAAUCGAUGGUAACAUCGUGCAUUUUGAUUUUGACAAUGGUUUUCUUGGGGUUAAAAUUUUAAAUGUUACCCUCAGCUACAUGCAGUAUUUUUAUUAUAUAAUAUUAAAUGUUUUUUAUUAUAAAAAUACAAAUAAUGAUGAACAGAGCAUGCAUAGAUUAUGAGCAGUCAACAUUUUUGAGGGGAAUAUCACCUGUUGUCAUGUAAUGUUGACUUGCUAUGUUCUAUUCUUGAUAUUAUACUUUCAUGUUAAUUUGUUGAAUCUGAUUUGUUGAGAAACACUUGUUAAAAAGUACUAUUACCUUUUGAAUGAUGAAACUACACCCUCCAGCAUGAUGGAACAUUAUAGCAACAAUCAACAUUGCUUGAUGACAGGUGAUAUUGAAAAAAAAAUGUUGACUGCAUGGAAUUUAUGUGUGGGGUUCACCAUUAUAUGUAUUUGUAUAAAACAUUCAGUAUAUUAUGAUAAAUAUUGCAUUUAGUUACAGGUAACAUUGCAAAUUUUUGUAGGCAAGAAACAUGACUCAGGUGAGCAUUGUGGACCAUGGGUUUUUCACUUUUUGUUGUCUUAUGUAGAUUGAAACAUUUUUUGUCAUGGUGCUGAGCAAUUAUGCUGCUAUUUUGUUAUGUCAAAGAAAGAUCAAGAUGUAACUUAUAAGAACUGCUUUUUAGCUGAUCUUGGGUUUAAGAACAGAUGAAAAAUGAACUGCAUGCAGUUUGAACUUUGUACUUUAAGCUCUAUCACUGCUGGUCACUAGAAGCAGGAAUCAAAUGUAAUUUGUAUCAUCCUACCAGUAUUUUAGAUUGCUCUGCCAGAAAUAGACCUCAUAUUAAUCACUCUUUUUGUUCUGGGAGGGAAGUCAUCAACCUUCUUAUGAAUCAACUUGUCUUUCAAGAUUUUUUGAAGAAUAUUUUUGGGGGACUUGCUUCUUAGUAAUUUUAUAAAUUUAUUGCUUACUAGUGAUUUGUAAGUUCACAUGCUUGUAUGGAUCUUUUUAAAGCCACUUUUUUCACAGAGUGAUUAUAAAUGUGUUUGUAUGAAUGUUGUUUUUCAAAUGUAAUUCUGAUUGAAAUAGAUACAUACAUAGAGUGGCCAAAAAUAGAUAUGUGUGCAACCUGUGAUAAAAGGAUGGGGGUGUAUGUAUACGAAAGAUUCUAAACCUGAAUGUUAGUAUUACAGUAGAUCAUUGGUUUAUAUAUGAUUGUUAUUUAUGUCGUUUACAGAAAGUAGGUUUUAUAAAAAAAAAUUGUAAUAAAUAUAUCCGACUCUGCUAUUGUACGGGACUAAAUCAGAGAAGAUGUGAUUAAUGAUGUAUGUGACAAAUUAAAGAACAAGGUCCACUGCGCUGCCUACCCUUAUUCGCACUUUAUAUACAUAUAUACUUAGGGUUGAUUACCUAUAGUAUAUGUUCUUUCAGGUUAUCAUUAAGACUCAUUUUCUUCAUUCACUGACAUUUGAAGAAAUUUUCCUGUAACAAUUUUCUUUCUUGUUCCUUUUUGUUAAUGUUUCGCCCGAGGCAAAAUUAUCCACCUUUUAUUUCUUUAGAGCCCUUUAAAUAUAUGAUAUGUAGGAUGGUAAAUUCAAUAACUUAAUUAAUACAAUGCGAAAUAUAACUUACAUUUAAACAUUUUUAUUCCUUCAUAAGGUUUAGAAGGGUUAGCAACAUAUUGUUAACAAACAGUGAAAAUCAUUUCUUUUGACUUUUUGGAGAAGCAUUUUUUUUGCAUUGUCAAACAAAUAACAAAAAAUUAUUUUUGUACAUUGCUGCUAUCAGGUUGUUAAUUGGGAAGUAUUUUUUAUUGUGGCAUAACAUAUUAUGUCUAAUUAUAUAUAUUUUUUUGAAACAACAACAUUCUGUAUGUAUGUAAUGAUUCUGCCUUAAAUAUUUCAUUUCC